UUGUCCGCUGUUAAUGCUUGUUAUUCAAGGUCAUCGGUUGCACAGCUUUCCACUUCGUUAGCUGGCCAGAAUGCAAGACCAGUGUGCUCGCUUAGAGGACUGUCACCUGGCCAAGCACGAAUAUGCGACUUAUUCAAAGACCAUAUGCCAGCAGUAGGCCAGGGAGCGCAACAAGCUAUCCAGGAAUGCCAAUAUCAGUUUAAAUCUAACAGAUGGAAUUGUUCAACACCGUAUGGGUCUGGAAUAGUUGGUCCUGUUCACAAACUAGGAACGCGCGAAGCUGCAUUCACGUACGCCAUUUUAUCAGCCGGUGUAACUCAUGAGAUCGGGAGGAGGUGUAAGCAAGGAUUACUGGCUUCGUGCGGAUGUUCAGAUGAGGCUAAACCAAAACAUGUUGCUGAGGAUUGGACUUGGGGAGGCUGUGGCGACAACGUCGACUACGGCUAUCGAUUCUCUAAGAAUUUCAUCGAUAUCCGAGAAAAAGAAAGAGAUCCGCGCAGGAACCAGGACCAGGGUCGAUCGCUAAUGAACCGGCGGAACAACGAGGCCGGAAGAAAGAUUUUGAAGCGUCACACUGCACCGAAGUGCAAGUGCCACGGUGUCUCGGGUGCUUGCAAUCUGAAGACGUGUUGGAUGCAACUACCAACGAUGAGACAAGUCGGAAAUAUAUUGCAAAACAAAUACAAAAACGCUAUUCGAGUCCAGGUCAACUCUCGAGGAAAUUUGCAAUUAGUUUCUGAACAAAUGCAGAAGGAGCCCGGAGGCAAACGCAAGACUCGCGCUCUGCCAACCGAUCUUGUCUUCAUGGACGACUCUCCAGACUACUGUAGACAAGAUCGGGCGUCCGGCACGCUUGGAACACACGGACGGGCCUGCAGGCGAAGCUCGGAUGGCCCGGAGGGCUGUGAUUCUUUAUGCUGUGGACGUGGUUACAACACUUACACCAUUGAGCAGACGACUAAAUGUAAUUGUAAAUUCGAGUGGUGCUGUAAAGUGGUGUGCCAGAUGUGCACGAAUACCACUCAAGUGGAUAUUUGUAAAUAG